CACACACACACACACAGCUCUGUGCAGUGAAAUAUGAUCGGCGCUUGCUCGUAACGUACAGCAGUGAACCAGAAUCCUGGCGCGUCGUAUUUUUUGGGUCAGGGAUGCUCCGCGCAGACAAAGGAAGAAGGUUUCCGUGAUGUGGGUGGUAAUUAUCAUCUAGCCGAGAGAACGGAAAAGUUGCAGCUUUACAACACACACUGCCACAUCACACACCGCCCUUGUCAGGCAGCUUUUACUGCACUACAACUGCAACAUGCAUUUAGGACUUUUGGUGCUGUUUCUUUUCUGGACGAAAAGUUGUUGGUGCGCCCCGCAGCACGGCUGUGAGCCGGGAGACGAGCUUUUGGGAAGAUGCGGCAACAGCGUAUAUGAAGAGAAACCUACCUGUACAGAGAUGAACCUGGGCUACUGCAAUGAUAUGGAAUAUUCUAGAACCAUAUUCCCAAACAUCCUUGGACACCGGACUCGUUUGGAGGCUGAAUCAGGGGCAGAGUACCUCCUUCUGAGUGUCAUCCACGGCCUGCUCAAUGGAGAGUGCUCCCCUGAGAUACGUCUCGUAGGCUGCUCGGUGCUCGCCUCGCCCUGCCAGAAUGACAAGAUGAUCAAACCAUGCCGCAGCACAUGCGAGGCAUUGAGGAAAGACUGCAUCCAUGCCUUUGAGGCCAUCGAAAUGGCCUGGCCCUACUUCCUCGACUGUGACCGCUUCUUUGCCAGCGACCAAGAGGGCUGCUAUGACCCGUUGGCAGGGCUGAAAGCCAGACAAGAGCUAGCAAUGUCCAGCCUCUCUCCUGAAGAACCCAGCACCAUUAUCCAGUUCACCUACACUUCCAACUCCCAGAUGUACAGCUUACUAAAGAGAACAGCGGCCAAGUGUUCCCAUAUCUCUCAUGUCUACAGCAUUGGACGCAGCACUGAGGGCAAGGAUUUGCUGGUUAUUGAGUUCAGCAACAACCCUGGACAGCAUGAGCUAUUGGAGCCAGAGGUCAAGUUGGUGGGAAACAUGCAUGGCAACGAGGUGCUGGGCCGCCAGCUGCUCAUCUACCUGGCCCAGUACCUGUGUUCAGAGUACAUGCUGGGAAACCCACGAAUUCAGACGAUCAUCAACACAACCCGCAUCCAUAUUCUUGCCUCCAUGAACCCAGAUGGCUAUGAACUGGCUGCCUCAGAGGUAGAGGAUAACAGUGACCCGGAGCUCAGCAACCAGGAAGGUCACUUGUUGAAUGGUUGGACCAAUGGACGGACCAACGCCCAGAACAUUGACCUGAACCGAAACUUUCCAGACCUCACCUCUGUCUUCUAUCGGAAUCGCCGCAGUAGGCACUACCGUAUUGACCACAUUCCAAUUCCUGACGCCUACUGGUUUGGAAAAGUGGCACCAGAGACCUAUGCAGUGAUGAAAUGGAUCAGGUCAUUGCCGUUCGUGCAGUCUGCCAGCCUCCAUGGAGGGGAGCUGGUGGUCUCCUAUCCCUUUGACUUCUCCAGACACCCUCACGAGGAGAGGAUGUUCUCACCCACUCCAGAUGAGCAGGUCUUCAAGCAGCUGGCUCGUACCUACGCGGAUGCUCAUGCUACCAUGUCAAAUAAUGACACAGAGAGGUGUGGAGCCUCCUUUUACCGAACCAGGGGCAUCAUCAAUGGGGCACUGUGGUACAGUUUUGCUGGUGGCAUGUCAGACUUCAACUACUUGCACACUAAUUGUCUGGAGAUCACAGUGGAACUUGGCUGUGAUAAAUUCCCCUCAGAGGCAGAGCUUUACCCAGAAUGGAAGAGGAAUAAGGAAGCUCUGCUCAGUUUUCUUGAGUCAGUCCAUCGAGGGCUAAAGGGAGUAGUUAAGGAUGUUGAUGGCAAUGGGAUAAAAGGUGCUACUGUCUCUGUCAGGGGGAUUAGGAAAGAUGUCACCACAGCUGAAAAUGGAGACUACUGGCGGCUGCUGAACCCUGGUACUCACAUCCUGACAGCCACAGCCAAGGGUUAUUCCAGGGUCAGCAAGAGGGUUCAUCUGCCUCACAACAUGAACAAGGCUGGACGUGUCGACUUUAUCCUGGAGAAGGUUCCUGUGGAGCCAGAUAUCGAUGACCACCUCUUCCCCACAGUAGACACAUGGGAUCGAUUUGACCCCUACAACCAGUUUGAGCGCUACGGCGAGCCAGAUGUAAGCGAAGACGGGAUUGAGCGGCAGGAGAAGCCCUGGUGGUGGAACUACUUCUCCCAGUCUGGCAUUUCACCUCCAAACUGGCUGCUGCGAAAUGUUUAGACACAGUUUGGGAGAAGUAGGUCUUAUUGCACCACUGCAGAGGGAGACUGGUGAUGGACAGUCCAAUAUCCAGUCCCACUGGUACUCUCAGAGGCGUCUAUGUAGCAGGAGCUGUGACACUGAAAUAAGCAGUACCUAAAUAGAUUUCAGUGCUUCCUGGAAGGAUGUGAACAGGCUUUUUUCCACCAGGUAACAUUUAAUUCUGGCCUGUGAGUGGAGGUUUGGCCAAUAUUGCUUUGCAGCUGAAACUGAAUUGUUUGAAAUAAAAAUUCAACCACUGGGAAGUAAAUGAGUUAUGCUCAAUGACCUGCAUUUUAAAGAAGAUCACAAAAAUAAUGGUAUGCACUUAUUUGAAUAUUGUGAUCACAGAUUACAAUUUCACAUGGGACGACAGCUGUAUAAAAUGAGUUGAGUAAAAAGUUUCAUUCAGAUUUGACUAUUGUGUUACUACAUACCACAGGUAAUUUCCCUUUAUGUUUUAGCCACACUUUUUGGAUUAUACAAGGCCUAAUUGAGUCAGUGAAAAUGUCCCGGACCAAUUACAGCAUCUGAUAUUGAGCAGCACAUUUAUGCUUGGGUUAGCAGUAAUACUGUGCCAAUUGUGAGCAGUAUAAAUUCUUGCUUUGUUUGUUUUUCACAGGCAUGAAGAAUAAAUAUUAAAUAUUUCUGGCA